AUUUUGUUUUCAUCCAUUUACUGACAAUUCAUGAAUAAAUUACACUUGUGGAACUGCUUUGAGCUUGCUCUGAAUUCACUGGAUUUUACUCAGCAUAUAAAAACUGAAACUGCUGCUCAUUGACUGACCAGAAUGUCUUCCCACCAGCUGCUCCUCCCUCACCGACUCUGACUCCAUCCACACUGAAAGUGAAGGAGGGAGCCUCAGUGAGUCUGACGUGCUCUGCUCCAGCUCCAUGUUGGUCUCAUCCUCCAGCUCUGACAUGGAGCCCUAACCUGGGUCAGAGUCAGGAGACACUGCAGGAGAAUCAGGACAAAACUAAAGUCAGGACCUCUGUUAUGAAUUUCACUGCUUCUCACCUCCAUCAUGGAAAUAAAAUCUCCUGCACUGCUGUCUACCAGAAACAAGAUGGUAGCCCUGAUGUCACUGCUGAAGCAAGUUUAACUCCUGAUAUUUCAUAUUCCCUUAAACUUCACUCUCUUGCAACAAAGAUGGCUGCAACUCUGACUUUUCUUCUCGUUAGUUCUCUGCUGCAGGGUGCACUGUGUGGAACGUUCAACAUUAAAAUGCCACAGAAGAUAAAUGUUUUGAGAGGAUCCUGUGUGAACAUCCCCUGCUCCUUCGAUGUAGAGACAAGAUUUGAAAAUAACUUAGAUGAUUCAUGUAAAGCAUAUUGGAGUGAUUCAUCUUCAUUUUCCACUGAAAAUGCAAAACUAAAGCCAACUAAAGAAAUGACAGGAGACUUAACAAAGAAAGACUGCACCACAACUGUCAUUAAUGCAAGUUAUCUUCAAAGUGAUAAAUAUGUAAUGACCUGGCUGGGGUUGUUAGCCAGGUGCAUUCUGGGUAUUGUGUUGUCUCUGUGUUUUCUAUCGUUCUGCUAGUUCCUAUGUGUUUGAUUUGCAUGUUGUGUUAGUGUUAUGUUAAUGUAAGCCACAGUGAAGUUGAUGUGUGUUCUGUGGAGUGGGUUGAAUUGGCAUGGUUGGCUGACACCGCGACUCUAUGUGGUGGGAGCGUGAUAGGGGUUCGGUGUCAGCAGUGUUACGUUGUUGUUGAAAAAGAUGGUGAAUAAAUGCCUGGUGUGAACCACUACUGCCUCCUGCUGGAUUAUUCGGGAAUUACCAGUCUGCUGCUGAGACGCUCGGGGUCGUGCGGUGUAUGAGGCACGAGCGCUCUCCAUUCGCUGUAAAGUUUAGCGAUAGCUGCUAGCGCCCUGCUAGCCGUUUUAGCUAGUGAGCAGUUUAGCCAGUUUAGCUCCACUAACCCACGGUCGUUACAAUUGGUGUCAGAAGUGGGAUUCUGAGUGUCUAGCAGACACUAUGGAGCCGACCAUAGGCGAAUUAGAGCGUGUAAUCCGAGACAACUGCUCGCUUUUGGAAAGCAUGGCUGCCGAGACCCAGCGGAGAAGACCCGAGCUGGGGCGGCCAGAGGGCCGCAGCGCGCCCCGGAACAGCCUCCCCCUGCGACGGGAGGGGGGUCCUGGGGCCGCACCACCGCUUCCUGGCAGGACGGCUGCUAAGCUACAGCACUACACUGGGGCGACGCAGCUGGAGCCGUACCUGGCCCAAGUCACGCUGGCUGCCACUCACAACGGGUGGGGUCAAGAAGAGACUGCCACCCACCUGGCGCUUGCACUGGAGGGCCCGGCGCUCCAGGUUCUACUGGACCUGCCCCCAGAGGAGCAGCGCGACCUCCAGGCUCUAACCACGGCGCUCGACAGACGGUUUGGACAGAGACCACCAGCCGAACAGAGCAGGGAGGAGCUGACUCGCCGACGCCGACGCGAGGGAGAGAGCCUGGGGUCCUUUGCUGCGGACGUCCGCCUCUAUGCCCGACGGGGCUAUCCGACAUUCCCAGGAGCGGCACGAGAGGAGCUGGGUCUCCACGCCUUCCUGAGGGGCCUCACACCGGAGAGGCUGCGACAGCAUGUCCGGCUGUCAUCCCCCCGAGACCUGGAGGAGGCAUUGAGGGAGGCAGAGCGGGCUGAGGAGGUGCUGCGGGGCGAGCCAGUGACCCGACGAUCGGUCAGGGUGGUCGAGCGAGAGAUGAGCGCGUCCCAGUCGGAUGAAGAGGAGGAGGCCAGACGAGCCCAAUCAGAGGCAGUUCCCCGUCGGAGGCGCCGGACGGACUGCUGUUAUCGGUGCGGGGAACCCGGUCACCUCGCCCGGAACUGUCCCGCACCUAGUCCUCGGAGCCGAGUGACAUCACCGACGGGAAACGGCCACGGGGUGGGACAGUGA